CACUCCUAGAAAAGAGACCUCUGUUCAACAUCAGUCACAAAUGGGUGGUGGUGCUUCAAAACACGCAUUGUUACGGCGGUCUGACAGUCGAUUAGAUGCUCUAAUCGCUGAGGCCAGGAAACACCCCGAGCAGGGGCGAAUGCUCGAUCUUUCCUUACAGCAAAUUUCUCCCGGAAUGCGUGCAGAGAUCGACAAGACUCGGCCGGCAACAGAUCGCCCAAUAUCACGACCUUGGUUCGAUGAAACAACUACUUCCUUGGACGGGGCUUCAGAUACAGUGGAGAAGGGCGUCACGAAUUCUGACGCAGAUGAGAAGAGCGGGCGCGAUGGCGAAGAAGAAGAGGGAGGCUACUCCACUGACGACUUCGAGGAUGAUGAGGUCACUGAAUGGAAGAAAGGUGCCUCUAUCGGUGCUGGAAGCUACGGAACGGUGCGUACGGCUUGUUUAACAAGAUUGUGAUUCUUCUAUCUUACUUGUCUCCUACCCUAGGUGUACUUGGCCCGUGAUGAAGACACUGGUUGUUUGAUGGCAGUGAAGGAGAUCCCUAUUUUGGAGGAGACCGACUCUGCGAUUCGAGAAGCCACACGAGAAGUGGAAUUGCUGCGAGGCUUGAAACAUGAGAAUAUUGUGAAAUACCUCGGCUGUCACGUGGAUAACACGGCACAGACGUUGUCAAUCUUCACGGAAUGGGUUCCUGGAGGUAGUCUCGAGCACAAUCGUAAGCUGUUUGGAGGCAACGAAAGGGUUGUACGUCGAUUUACGCAUCAGCUACUCUCCGGAGUCGCUUAUCUCCACUCCAAGAAUAUUAUCCACCACGACAUUAAGCCCGCAAAUAUUCUGGUAGACCAGAAUGGUGUCGUUAAGAUCGCCGACUUCGGUUCUUCUCGGUUAAUCAACAGCGCCACCAUCCCCAAUGGCUCGAUGCUAUCACUGCACGGUACUCCGAACUACAUGGCACCCGAAGUCAUCAAACAAUCAACGGGUCGUAGUCGAAAGGCUGACAUCUGGAGUCUUGGCUGCACGGUUCUUCGUCUACUGACAGGAGGUCCUCUUUGGGGAGACCGUCGCUUUGAUUCCCAAGCUGCGUUGUUGUACUACAUCGCCAACAUGGAAGAGCUCCCACCGCUACCUGAUACUCUGUCGGCCAACGCUCGAGAGUUUAUCCUGGCUUGCCUCCAGAUCGAUCCGUCCAUGCGUCCAGAUGCCACAGAGUUGCUCAAAUAUCCGUUCGCUCAAUGUGCUGGACAAAAAUCAGAGUCUGUUUCACCCGAACCAGUUGUAACUACCCCUCGGCGUCACACAGCACCGUCAGUACCACCACACUCACGUAAAUCGCAUUACCGUACUCGUUCCGAGAGAAAGGAUGUAGCCCCAAAGAAGAGCGAUCCUCGUUUAGAUUCAGUUCCCACUCUGACAAGACGUCCGUCCCUCGUGUCGACACUGUUCGCUUCACCACAAGACGCCAAAACGGAGCUACACGCCGAUAAAGAGAUGGCUACAGAGGCCGACUGCGAAUUAGUCCUUGCGACUUGUGGCUCUGACCCGGACUCGCCCACUAGACAAGAAGAAAACAAUGAUUUCGUAAUAGCAACCUGGGACGACCAGCCCAUUCUGUCCGCCGCGGCACGAAAGGAGCGUGAAAAGCGUCAAGCGGAGGCCGCCGAGGCUGCUCGAAGACGCCACGAACGCGAGCAGAAGUUCCAGGAGGAACUCGCAGCGUAUCGCCAUGAAUCGUUCACUGGUCGAGCGUAGCUUGUCAAUGUACUGAAGUAUUUAUUAUCCCUUCUCCAACGCUGCACUAAUUAGCGGGUUGUGACGUGUCACUGCCUCCACUAUUCCCUUCAAUCCCUUCAGCAUCGUCUUCGUACUCUUCGUCGUAUCCUUCAGCCAUCGAUGUAAGAGGAAGUGGUGGGCCCAGUAUCAAGUUGCAGAGGAGACUAAAGCUCUCGGACACCAGGAAGUAGAGUAGCAACCACUGAACGCGUACAAACACAGCUAG